AUGACCUCCAUCAUCAAGCUGACGACGCUCUCUGGAGCGCAGGAGGAGUCGGCCCUCUGCUACUUGCUGCAGGUGGAUGAGUUCCGCUUCCUCCUUGACUGUGGCUGGGAUGAAAAUUUUUCUAUGGAGAUUAUUGAAGCCAUCAAAAAGUAUGUACAUCAGGUGGAUGCUGUCCUUCUUUCUCAUCCAGAUCCGCUACACCUCGGGGCUCUCCCCUACGCCGUGGGCAAGCUGGGAUUAAACUGUGCUAUAUAUGCUACAAUCCCUGUAUAUAAGAUGGGGCAGAUGUUUAUGUAUGACUUGUAUCAGUCUCGGCACAACACAGAAGAUUUUAAUUUGUACACCCUGGAUGAUGUGGAUUCGGCAUUUGAUAAAAUACAGCAGCUGAAAUUCUCACAGAUCGUCCAUCUGAAAGGAAAGGGUCACGGUUUGUCCAUCGCCCCACUGCCAGCUGGUCACAUGAUCGGAGGCACCAUAUGGAAGAUUGUAAAGGACGGAGAGGAGGAGAUUGUGUACGCUGUAGAUUUCAACCACAAAAGGGAGAUACAUUUAAAUGGCUGCUCACUGGAAAUGAUUAGCCGUCCAUCUCUGCUCAUCACAGACUCUUUUAACGCCACUUACGUCCAGCCAAGAAGAAAGCAAAGAGAUGAGCAGCUACUAACGAAUGUCCUGGAGACCCUUCGUGGUGACGGCAAUGUAUUGAUAGCGGUAGACACUGCUGGACGGGUGCUGGAACUGGCACAACUGCUCGAUCAGAUUUGGAGGACCAAAGAUGCCGGACUCGGGGUGUACUCCUUGGCACUUCUCAACAAUGUGAGCUACAACGUGGUGGAGUUUUCCAAGUCUCAGGUGGAGUGGAUGAGCGACAAGCUGAUGAGAUGUUUUGAAGACAAGAGGAACAAUCCCUUUCAGUUCCGACAUCUCUCCCUGUGUCACGGCUUCGCAGAUCUCGCUCGUGUCCCCAGUCCAAAAGUGGUGCUGGCCAGUCAGCCUGACCUGGAAUGUGGCUUCUCCAGAGAGCUGUUCAUCCAAUGGUGUCAGGAUCCAAAAAAUUCCAUCAUCCUCACCUACCGCACCACCCCAGGAACCCUCAGCCGCUUUUUGAUCGACAACCCCACCGAGAAGAUCAUAGAUAUAGAGCUUAGAAAACGGGUGAAACUGGAAGGAAAGGAGCUGGAGGAAUAUCUGGAGAAAGAAAAACUGAAGAAAGAAGCUGCCAAGAAGCUGGAACAGUCCAAAGAGGCCGACAUCGACUCCAGCGAUGACAGCGACAUAGAAGAGGAUAUCGACCAGCCAAUGGCUCACAAGACUAAACACGACCUGAUGAUGAAGAACGAGGGCAGCCGGAAGGGCUCCUUCUUCAAACAGGCCAAAAAAGUCUUACCCCAUGUUCCCUGCCACUGAGGAGCGUAUCAAAUGGGAUGAAUAUGGAGAAAUCAUCAUAAAGCCUGAAGACUUCCUGGUCCCAGAGCUUCAAGCGACUGAGGAGGAGAAGAACAAGUUGGAGUCCGGCUUGACAAAUGGGGAAGAACCAAUGGACCAGGACCUGUCUGAUGUCCCCACAAAGUGCAUCUCUGCAACAGAGGCCAUGGAGAUAAAGGCCAGAGUCACAUACAUCGACUACGAGGGGCGGUCUGACGGUGACUCCAUCAAGAAGAUCAUUAACCAGAUGAAACCUAGACAGCUGGUAAUUGUCCACGGGCCCCCUGAUGCCAGUCAGGACCUUGCAGAAGCCUGCAGAGAGCUUUUGGAGGCAAAGACAUAAAAGUUUAUACCCCAAAACUUCACGAAACUGUGGAUGCUACUAGUGAAACGCACAUUUACCAGGUCAGGUUAAAAGACUCCCUGGUCAGUUCUCUUAAGUUCUGCAAAGCUAAGGACACAGAACUCGCCUGGAUAGAUGGCGUGCUGGACAUGCGGGUGUCCAAGGUCGACACUGGGGUCAUCUUGGAGGAAGGAGAGUUGAAAGAGGAAGGGGAGGACAGCGAGAUGCAAGUAGAUGUAGCGCCUGUGGAUGCCAGCACCAUUGCUCAACAGAAAGUUAUAAAGAGCCUGUUUGGAGAUGAUGACAAAGAGUUUACCGAGGAAAGCGAGGUCAUCCCUACGUUGGAGCCCCUGACGAGUAAUGAGAUUCCCGACAUCAGUCUGUGUUCAUGAAUGAACCGAGAUUAUCCGAUUUCAAGCAGGUCCUUUCUCCGGGAAGGGAUUCAGGCGGAAUUUGUGGGAGGCGUCCUUGUCUGUAACAACUUGGUGGCUGUUCGCAGGACGGAGACGGGGCGCAUCGGCUUAGAGGGGUGCAUCUGCGAGGACUUUUAUAAAAUCCGUGAACUCUUGUACUCCCAGUACGCCAUUGUGUGA